GGAAAACCAACUUAUUUCUGUAUCCAGUUGUGAUUUUGUAAUAAAAAAUGAAGCAUACAUUACGUAAUAUAAUUUUGGGAUUGCUGAUUACUUUGCUAGUUAAUGCUAAUAAUGCUAAUGAUGUCUUUAUUAUUGGCGAUAACUUUUGUUUGACAAACGGCACAUCAGCUAUAUAUUUCACUAAUACUGACGGUAAGGGAGAUCAAGAGUCCAAGAUAUAUCCAGAUCCACCGCUUUCACCAAUUAACUGUGAUUCUAAAACCGAGGAAUGUAAAGGGUGGUAUAUCGGGCAAAACGUUGAGAGAAGGGAUUCGUAUAGAACUUUUUCUCCUUCAAUUAUAACUGAUAAACGAUGGGAAAGUUUUCCUACAAUAAUAACACAACAAUCUAAAUAUGGCCGAACCUAUUAUUAUAAGGAAGUGGACGAUAUAGACGACAAUAUGUCUAUUGCAUUCUCAGUAAAAGCAAAAUAUGAAAGUCAUAUUUUUUUAUGCGAAUCAUCAAUAACGUCAAAUUGUUACUGGAUAAUGCUUGGAGGAAACAGUGGACAAUUGUCAGCUUAUCGAAAAUGCUCAACAAAUCAAAUUCCUGUACCUUUAAAAACAUAUGCUGUGGGUUCCUGUCGCACAAAUCAUAAUCCUUUAGAGGACAAUCCUCUGGACGAAAAUAAUUGGAAACAUUUCGUUAUCCAGAAAUUCCGUAAUCUGUUAAGAUUACUUAUAUACAGGGGUAAAAAAGAUGGUUUAACUACGUACAUGGAGCUAGAUGAUGAAAAUUACAUAAUUCCAAAAAAAUUAUUUCUCCACUACAAAAGUACAACUGGUCAUGCCCUUUGGAAACUUCAUAAGUACUAUAAUUUCGAAAGCAGUGGUGAAGCUGAUCUGAGCAGUGCGCACUUUCUGCCACGAAAUGGCAUUAUAUGUGUAUCGAUGUUUGUGAAAACUUCUUCACAAGGAACGUUAGAGAUAGAAAUUACAGAUAGAAAUUCCGUAAUGGAAACAAGAGAACUAAAUACUAAUAAUACGUGGCAAGAGAUUAAGAUGAUUGUAAAAGCCGACAUCAAUUAUAUAUAUUGGGUAAAUAUUUUUCAUCAUGGAAUUUCUACUGAUACUUGGGCAGUUGAUGGUAUUAGGGAAUGCAAUGAAAUAGAAUAUCGAUAUAUAGCUGCAGACGGUUUUGACAGUUUGAAUUGUCAACGAUUAGAAGAUCAAUUAACUUUGAAUAUAAAUAAGCGAACCUCUACUACAAGCAAAGAAACAAACUGCAGUGAAUCAACAUUUGGAGAGAGUUGUAUUCCAUGUGAUAUAUUUGGUAAACAGUUCUGUAAAUCUUUUAAAUAUUGUGAAUUGAGGACGCAGAAAUGCUUCUGUACUGCAGGAUACCAGAAUGCUAACUGUGAAGAGUGCCCAGAUAAGUUUUAUGGACAUGGAUGUAAAAAGUAUAGUCAUUGCAAUACACGGCCUAAUAAUACUGAUGGAUUUUGUUACGAAGGAAAUUGUAUAGAUCCUUAUAUUGGUGACAGUUGCCAUGAUGUUAAAUUCCCGUUUUUUCUAAAUCCUCCCACGGUAUAUACCGUUACUGCAAGAGGAUUUAACCUAGUCCAAGAUAAUUUAACGAGGGAAGGGUAUGCUGAAUCUUACUUUUUUCAGUAUUCGAAAGCUGACCAGGCAAACUGGAUCACAAUCAACCAACGGGAUAUUUCCGUUGAUAUUUCCCAAGUAAUAGAAGUCCAUGAUGGUGUUUUUUCUAUAGAUCCUGAUACAGAAUAUGUAGUGAGAGCCGUCCUUAGGACGAAGGGGAGAGAUUUAGUGCCAAAAUCUACUACGACCGCAAAAGUCGUAACAGAAUGCGUUCAUCUAACUGAAGACAAAAUUCACAUUACUACUGAAAGCACCGCAGCAGACAUAGAAUUAAGCUUUCCCACAGAUCAUUGCCAAUUCCUAAAAUAUCAAUUUGCAGUGGAUACUCAAAAUUACCAAUCACUAAAACCAAAAAAUUUAAACAUUCGUGUUUCUAAAUUAAAGCCUUAUACUUUACAUAAAUUUUAUGUGAAAUACACUCCAACAGAUAACAAAACUGAAAGGAUUAUAACAAAAGAUUUUAUGACUAGACAAGCAGAACCAUCGAUUAUUACAAAAUUUAAACACAGUGUUACAUCAACAACAAUUUCCUUGUCAUGGGAAAAACCGGACGAAGGAAAUGGUAAAAUAUCUGGUUAUCUAAUAAGAUAUAAAGUAUUAAGACAUUUGGCGUGUCAACAAAAUGACGAAAGUGAAUUUUCUCAUGAAACAACAAAAGACACGUCAAAAACUUUAAAGAUGUUAAAACCGUACACCAGAUACGAAGUGCAUAUUCAAGCCAUAAAUGAUGAAUUCCUAGGAAAAGAUUUUUCAACAUUUAUAGAAACUAUGCCUUUAAGAAGUAUGUUUUUUUAUAUAUUUUCAUUAUGA